UAUUCGAACCACGCCGCACUUCAGUCUCCAUCACGCCGCGUAGUACGCCAUUGAUGCUCUUACUGCUAGCGUUGUUGGAUUCCCGCCAGACACCAUUUUCAAGGGUUUGAUAAGAAGUUCUUUUCGUUUUGACUGUUGAGAGGAACUUUAAACAUAGCCAUGGACUCUCCUAGGCGGAAAGAUUCACCCUCAGGGAAUUACCGCCACCAUAAGGAUAGUGUACGAAGCAGAUCACCUGGGCAUCGCCAUCAAUCACGUCGUUCUCGCUCAUAUGAUGAGGAUAGAGGAGAAAGAAGACAUCAUGAAAGACGUGAUAGAGGAGACAGAGGUGGUGACAGAGGAGACAGAGGUGGUGACAGAGGAGAUAGAGGAGGUGAUCGCUACCAUAGUCGUUCAAGAUCUCCAAUGUCAGGAAGAAAACGACACAGUAACAUGCAUGGUAGCAGUCAUCGUGGUGGUGGAGGAGGUGGUGGGGGUGGUGGGCCACCAGAUAAUCCAGAACCUACCCGAUGCCUUGGUGUAUUUGGAAUGGGACUUUAUACAACAGAAACUGAACUACAGCAUGUGUUUGCUAAGUAUGGUCCUCUAGAGAAAGUACAAGUUGUUAAAGAUGCCAAGACUGGACGUUCCCGAGGAUUCGCCUUUGUCUACUUCGAGAGUUUAGAAGAUGCCAAGUUGGCAAAAGAGCAAUGCACAGGCCUAGAAAUUGAUGGUCGACGCAUCAGGGUGGAUUACUCAAUUACUCAGCGACCCCAUACUCCUACUCCAGGCAUCUAUAUGGGAAGACCAACCAUAACAAGUGGGCGGUAUGACAAAUAUGACCGUAAUGAAAGAGGAUACCGUCGGUCACCUUCGCCCUACUAUGAGAAAAACUAUCGUUCCAGCCGCCGAGGAUAUGAACGCUCACGCUCACGAUCCUAUUCACCACCAAGACAAAACUCGCGAGAAGUUUUGGAAGAGAGAAGGUUGAAAUUUAAAUGAGUCAAGAACAGAAAAUGUGAAAACAGCUCAGAAAAGGAAAGCCGCAGCUCAGAAAACAGAAAAAUCGUACGGUCGGUUUGUCGUGAAAAGGGGGAAAGUUCAUUCACUGAGAAAAGGUGUCAAUCCGAAGAGGUCGCGUUGAAAAUUAACAACUCAACCGCUACCACGUUCGAUGUCGGCAAGCGCAGCACUCAAAAUUAUUUUCCAAGCUUCUGAGAACGGAAGAUUAAAGCUUUCUUCUGAUGUGGAGUGAUUGAUUCGAGCAUCAUUCGCUCUGAUUGAAUUGAUCGAAAUCCAGUAAGUAGGGAUCUAAGGCAGUGCAGUUUGUAUGAACUGACAUUUUACGUUGGUUUGGAUUUACACUUCUUGACGGAAUGUACUGAAACAAUCUACCAUAAACAGACGGUAUAUGGACACCUAUAUCAUGUAUUAUUUCUGCUUCUCAAGGGUCUGGCAGCUGUGAUAAGGUCCAACUCUGUACUGUUCUUUGACCGUGAAGUUUGUUGGGACCGACUUGCAAUUGUUAGAAGAGAAAAAUUAAGUACACUCGACUGAACAGAGGUUCAUCGUACCGUGUGCACGGAUCCAUGCAGAAAUAAAUCAGUCGGAGGAUCGUCGUUCACAAUCAGCUCCGCCUCACGGUCCCAGUUGAUACAUUGAAGCCGCCCGCCUUUCAAACCAGUCAUUCGAAGCAAACAAAAUAUUAAUAUAAUGUCAAGCUGAAAUUGACAAACGUCGUGCACGCGUGAAGCAGGAUGUAUAAUCGAUAUCUAUUUGUAAUGAUAGCCACUCAAUCUCAGCCACCCUUUGUCUGUUCCGUUUAUCUUUUCAAUUUUUCGUUUUUUGAAUAGACUUUAUUGUCCUUAA